AUGUCGCUGUCCGUCUAUAUCGGGCAUACCGGCCAGCGACUCUUCCUCGACGACACAGCCGUCUACGCGGAUGACAAGGCGCUGCGGCUAUGGAUCGCCCAGCAGACCGGCGUCCUCAAGGAGAACCUGAUCUUGCUAACGGGGCGUGGCAAGCAGGUCAAAGCACAGAAUCUUGCCACCGACGAUGAGAUCUUCGUCUUCGACGCGGGUCGUCUGAGCGCGAAGAGUGCAGGCGCAGAACCUACGAGUCCUACACCCACCGACUUCCAUCCCGGCACUGCGCCAGACGCGAUCGCGAAUCAGAAUGAUCUGCAAGCAUGGCAGAAUCUGUUCCGCCUGCGGAAGAGCUGGGCUAGUGGCCUGCUUAACGGGUGCGAAUCACGAGCCAAGCAGGUGGAGCGGUAUCAGGACGAACAAGCUAUUAUAGAGCGGAGCUUGGGUGUUGCUGUCGUAAGUCUGCAACAACAUGUCAAGAGCGCUGAGCAGAAAUACCUGGCGGCGGAGACGUGGGCGGAAGAGUUGUUGCAGGAGCAGGAUGCGCAUAUCGGCAAUUGGGAGCAGCACUUGGACGAUCUAAGGGCCGUGCCUGCGCGGGUCGAGUUCGGACGGUUUAUCCAGGGUGCGACACCGGCAAGUCGUAGGACUUCGCUUCAGGGCAACAUGACGACGCUGCAGGGUUUCGUGGAUUCUACGGCCAUGGCUAAAGCGGCGGGCGUGACUCGUUCGAUCAUGCAGGGUUUGGCAGAUCGUGUGGGCAACAUGCGCAAUGAACUAGACACCAUACAGAAAGACAGCGGGGAGCUGCUUCAAGCGGUAGAGCAAAUCGGUGGCAGAAGCCCGGCGCACAGCAGCCAAGAGCCGAGCCAGUUGUUCGAGGAAAUCAAGCUGGUGGCAACGAGAAUGGCCUCGGACUUCGAGCAUGUCCAGUCGUUGUCGCGUAACGCACAGUCAAUAAGCAGUGCUUCCAAACUAGCACUUCAAGCAACGCGUAAUCACAUACCAACGCUUGGCGAGUACUGCACCGAGAUGAACGACUUGGUGCAGCGCUCCAAGCAGCAAAAGGACACGGCCGCAGAGACAGCCAUGGAGCACAUGCGCACGCUUUCUCGAGUGGAAACCCGGCUUAAGGAUCUAGUUGACGAUGCGAAGAAUCUGGGCGUGUCAGAGGAUGACCAGCAGGUCUUUUCUACCGUAGCCGUCAUUUCACGUCUACCUUCCGUAUAUGGCCAACUGCUGGUGGAGUCCGUUCGGCGGCGUGAGUGGGCUGCGAAGAUGCGGCGCGACUCCGCAACGUUGCAAGAAGAGGUUGCGACCUACCAAGAAGAGGAGGACAAGCGACGGAAGAAGUGGGUACGUUCGGUCGAAGAUGUCGCGGAUGUCGGCGCCUUGCAAAGCAACGUGCUCGGCAUUGAAUUAAGUCUGCAGAAUGAGGGCGGGAGCUGGCCAACGGUCACUCGUGAGGAGUUGCAAGAGUAUCUCAAUUCAGUUUUGCGCGUCUAUGGACCUGGCGAGGUCACGGAGGAGCUGAACCAAGCGGUCAAGGACCUUGACAAGCCCACACGCAAGCAGAUCAAGCAUGCUCGAGCGUUCAAGAAUGGGAGCAUGCACGAGGCUGCAUUCGGCGACACGUCUUUGCUUCUGCGUGGCGACGAGCAGCACAAGGUUCUGCGGGAAAGCAAUGGGCGGCUUGAGGAAGACUUGCGAGCGCAGAAAAGCCGCCAGCGCCGUCUAUCAUCCACGGCGCAAGCACUUGAGGAUAAGAAGCUCGCCCGCCGCGUGGUGGAUCUCGAGGCUGAACUACAAGCCCACCGUGACGAAGCCGCGACACGCAAAAACUCUGAUGCGGAGACGCAGAAGCAAGUGGAAGAGGCUAUUUCCACAAAGAAAGACCUGAUGGAGAACAUGGAAGCCCAACAGCGUGAGUUCGCGAGCGAGCGUAGGAUCCUCGAGCGCGAGCUCGGCGAGGCCAAAGAAAGGGUUGAGGAGCUCGAGAAUGAUAUGGAUCGUCUGAUGGGCUCUCGGGAUGAUGAGCGAAGUGGCAUCGAUGUAAAGCUCGCAGCGUUGCAGGCGGAGGUCGCGAGGCUGAAGGAAGAUGCUUCGGGUCACGCUGCGUCGGCUGCUACAGAGCAAGCCGCCCGGAAUGCGUUGGAAAGGCAGUUAGCGUCGGUGGAGAGCGCGAGAGCAGCUGCUGUGGAGGAGGCCAGGCAGAUGCGGAUCGAGAAACAAAAGCAGCAGGAUGACCAUGCUGAGCAGUUGCAGUUGCUUGCCGCUGCACACAGUCAUCUUGUCUCCAGCGGACCGCCGGAAGGGCUUGCGGCGCUUGCUGCUGCGCUUGAGGAAUUGGCCAGAAAGUCUGCGGCGCAUGUCAAAGAUCUGGCCGACGCAGUUGCUUUCGCGAAGAGCGAGAACGAGAGUCUGUGGACGAGCAACGAACGACAGGCGAUAGAGCUUGCGAAAGUGGCUGAGAAGCAGAACGAGAGCGACGAGCACGUUCGGAGAACGCAAGAGUCGCUGGCAGCCGAGCAAGCGAAGGCUCACUCGCUUGAGCAACAGUUGCGCGAUGAGCAAGACCAGAUUCGCACGCUACGAGAGAAGUUUGCAGAAGGCGAGACCGGCUCUGAGGUGCUCCGUCAACGUGUCGCCGAAGAAGAGGCUCGCGCCGGCAAGCUCGCUUCUGAGCUCGCAGAGGCUAAGUCACACGUUAACAGCCUGGACAUUGAGCUCAUGCGUAUGCAGAAGAAGCACAAAGCGUACCAUACCUCGGCUGAGGCGGCCGUGGAGAGGCUUCAUAAGCGAGCUGAACGUGCAAAAGAAUUGAGCCAACGACUGUGGAGUCAGAACGCGCGUUUAAGAAGGCUGGUCGAGCAGUUUGGGCUCGCUCUAAGCUACUCCGAGGACGGCGCAAUGAUUAUCGAGCGGGCAUCAAAGAUGGCGGCGAGCACCACCAUAGCCGAUACCACACUACCUUCUGGUCCUGGUGACUUUAGCCGCACAGUGUCGCUCACCUCACCGCCGCCCACGCGCAAGUCCUCAGGCGCCGACCACACAGAGCUUCCAGAUAUCCACUGGACCGAUGCUCAAUCGCCCGAGGAUGAGAGCGCCAGGUUCGAAGCUUUCCUGGCCGCCAUUUCCCGCUUCAAUCUCGACUACUUUUGCGACCAGAUUCACAAGCGUCUCCGUGACUAUGAGUACACCGCCAAAAAGUACGCCAAAGAGUCCAAAGAAUCAACGAAGCGUGCCGAUGCGUACAAAGAGCGCAGUCUCAAACUCAAGUCCGAGUCGCACGCCAAGAUUGCAGUGCGGGACUUUAAGGAGGGCGACUUGGCGUUGUUCUUACCGACAAGGGGACAAGCGAAGGGUGCCUGGGCCGCGUUCAACGUGGGAUGUCCGCAUUACUUCUUGGCGGAGAGGGAAGGCAUGAGGUUGGGAAGUCGAGACUUCAUCGUGGCGCGAAUCCAGCGGGUGGAGCAGAAAGUGGUCGACCUCAGCCGCUCCAACACCACGGCCGCGACGACAGACGGUGGGAGCUCCAUCACUUCCAUGGACAAUAACGACAACCCGUUUGAUCUCUCCGACGGACUCACUUGGUGGAUGGUCCAUGCCAUCGAAGAACGUACAAUGGGCGGCAGCAGUGCCGGCAUCGCGCCAAGUACGCCUGGCCUGGGUAAAAGCACUGUCGCAGCCGCGAACGUAGAUGCUAAGGGCAGUAUACGGAUCAAGCGGAGCAGCAAGGGCGAAGAUGCCAGCAAAGUGCUGGGCAAGAGUCUGGACAGCAGGCGUAGCUCCUCGAAUAGCAAGAAGGGCGUUGUCGGUGCGCUGGUCCCGACCAUUGCCGGCGGCGGUGGAAGUCCGGUUGUGGGUGACGUGGCGGUAAGAUCCAGAAGUGAGAGUCAAGCUUCCCUAAGACCGCCACCAGGCGCUGGCGUCGGCGGUGGUGGGCUGGGCGUCAUCGAGGACAACAUUCACGACGACGCCCAGCCGCCGGCGGAACAGGUGCGGCAUGACCUUCUCUGGGGCCCUUGA